AGAGAGAGAGAGAGAGAGAGAGAGAGAGCACUGCUAAAAGGACAGAAGAUUUAAAGGUCAGACUUUGUGGUGUAAAGAUGGCCUGCGCUCCUAUACAUUGUAAUAAUGUGGGACGCCGCUACACCAUCAUCACCACUCAAGUUCUUCCCUCAUCUACAGCAGAACAUAAUUCCACUCAGACACUCAGCCCACUGAGCAAGUUCCUGAAAGGAGAACCCAAAGCUCUGGGGACUGUCCAGAUAAUGAUAGGAUUGUUGACGUUUUUGUUCGGUAUCGUGUUGGCGACCUACACUCCAAUCAUCAGCAUUUACUCUGGAGUCAUCUUCUGGGGCCCGGUGUUUCACAUCAUUUCCGGCUCUCUGGCUGUUUCAGCGAGCAACAAGUUAAACUCCUGUGUGUUUUUCUCUCAUGCGAAGGCCAUACUGAUACUGAAUAUUAUUAGCACGACAUUUGCAGGAAUCAUCAUCCACAUCCUGUUCUUAGAUCUGAUUUUUGGGAUAUUUGGAUACGUCUACCCCGCACAGGCCAAUGCACAGAGAAUAACAGGAGUUCUGCUGGGUUUCGCUCUGCUCCAGCUCAGCAUCUCUGUCACACUUUUAGUCUUCACCUGCAAAGCCAUCUGCACCAGUAAACCUACCCUGAACACCAUCAGCGUGGUUCCAAACCCUGAGAGUGUUGCUCCUAGUGCUCCUGUGAACAACCCUUUCCCAGCGCAGGAGGUAAAUACGAAGAACGACAUUGCCAUGGCUACAGCACCCGGGGAAAAUCCUCCGGCGUACAGCGAGAAAUGUAACCAGACCACAGAGAAUGGAUAAAGAUAAUAACUGUUAAUUUACACUUUAACUCAAUAACACAAUCCCACUGACCAGAAAACACACACAAUAAAGGACACUGAAAGCCUUCAUCACACACACAUCACACACUAUACACACACACACACUAUACACAUCACACACUAUACACACACACUAUACACACACUACACAGACUACACACACUACACACACACUAUACACACACUACACACAAUAUACACAUCACACACAUUACACAAUUAUUGCUUCUAGAUCUUUUUUGCUCAAAACUUCCAAAAAUAAAGAUGUUUAAUUUA